UUCCCUCCCCAUUCCUCUCCCUCUCACUCACGCCAAACAGUCACCACAGUUCACAAGAAGACUGGACUGGGAGCUCUAAUAAAGCCUGCCAAAACCAAAUCUUCACAUUACUCAGUUUACAGAGUACGUGCAGCAGAUAAGUUAGCAUUUUUGCUAUUCAUAAACUCAUUAAAACUCUGUGAGGUUAUUGAUGGAAACUCGAGGAUGCUCAACAGUCAUAGUGAGAAAGACAAAUCUUACACCUAAAGCUAUUAUAUACCAGAAGUUUGGUACCAAAGCAUGCUAUAAAUUGGAGGAAGUGCAGGAAUCUACUCAGAAUGGAUGCCCAGGCUUGGCAAUCCCACAGAAGGGCCCCUCUCUUUAUCGCUGCAGCUUAGAACUUCCUGAACUUUUUGUCGUGUCAGACACCUUUAAAAAGAAGAAGGAUGCUGAGCAAUGUGCUGCAGAGAUGGCUUUAAAAAAGCUAGGCAUCAAUCCUGCUGGUGAUAAUCCAACUGAGCUUGAACCAUGGGAUGCUUUAAUUGAACGAAUGACAUAUCUUUUCUCAAAUGAGUUUCUUCAAUCUCUUCACCCAUUGAGUGGUCACCUUAGAGCCACUUUGCAGAGAGAUGGUGAACUCUGUGGUUCUAUUCCAGCUUCUGUUGUUGCUGUCUGUGAUGCAAAAUUAAGUAAUUUGUGUAAAUUACUUAAUCCUAAGGUGGAAUUAAAUCCUUUCUUGGCUUUGUCAUUUGUCAUGAGGACAGCUGCAAGACUGUCUGGGAUUGUUGUUACCUCCAAGGGGAAGCUUUCAAUCCAGAAACUAAAUCCAUACCCUUCAGAGAUCAGAAAGUUAUCAGAUAUCCAGAAGUCUGAUUCGCCGCACAACAUAAUGGUCGAAGCUGUACAUAUUCCAGUUUCUGUGGAUAGAACUGUUCAACCUGUGAGUCUUAAUAUUUUGUCAGAUAAAUAUUACCUGGAUGCUAUGGCACAAAAACUUGGUGUGACAGAUGCAAACAAGGUUGUGCUUUCAAGGACUAUUGGCAAAGCUUCCUCUGAGACAAGAUUAUACUUUGUUGCACCUGAAUCAUCUAUGUUAGAUGUGUCAGCAGAGCUUGUAAAUUUGGAAGGACAUUUGAAUGUAAGGGCAAGUUAUUUGUGCAGUCAAAGUAUAUAUGGUGAUGCUAUUAUGGCGUCAGUUGGUUACACAUGGCGGUCUAAAGAGCUUUUCCAUGAAGAUAUAUCCCUGCAAUCAUAUUACAGGAUGCUUAUAAGCAAGAUGCCUAGUGGAAGUUACAAAUUGUCUAGAGAAGCAAUACUUGCAGCAGAACUGCCUUCAGUGUACACCACAAAAUCAAAUUGGAGGGGUUCUUUGCCAAGGGAAAUCCUAUGCUCAUUCUGCCGGCAGCAUCGGCUUUCUGAACCUGUUUUCUCCUCUGUAAGUCUACCUUUCAAAGAUUCAUCCUUGUCAAGAUCACACAAUGAGGUGAGUGACGCAGACGGAGUUGAACUGGAGACAGAAUAUGCUAAUGGAAGAGCUAUUUCUACUGGCGAUCAAGAGUUGGUGGAAUCUGCAAGCAUGUUUAGAUGCAAAGUAAAAAUAUUUUCCAAAUGUCAGGAUUUGAUCAUAGAGUGUUUACCCAUGCAAAUUUAUAAGAAGGCAAAUGAUGCUAUCCAUAAUGCUUCUCUGAAACUUCUUUCUUGGUUGAAUGAGUAUUUUAAGGACCUUAGCAUGCCUGUGGAACAGCUAAGUUAUUUGGCCCAUCCCCUUAACAUCCAAUUUUAUCCUGAAAACUUCUUUAAAGAGUUUCUGUUGUGUCCGUCUGUUCAUAACCUUCAGCACAGGGUGACAGGAAGAAAAUUACCAGAAAUUAGAACUGUGGAUCUGCCAUGCACUUCAUCAGGACAAGACGUUUGCUCUUUGAAGAUAGAAGGUUUAGAUUCGGGUGUCUUUCCAUCAAAUGGAUCAUUGUUAUGCAUCAGUUAUUCUAUAUUUCUGGUGACAGAAGGCAAACAUGUGAAAGAGCUUGUUGAGAGAAAUGAUGAGUUUGAGUUUGAGUUGGGGACGGGGGCUGUGAUUUCCCCUCUUGAAUCAGUUCUCUCACAGAUGUCUGUUGGUCAGUCUGCUUUUUUCAGCAUGGACUUGCCCUCUUGUGAGUAUAUUUUAGCCGCAGCUGAUGAUUCUGGGAGGAUUACUUCGUUGUUAACAUCACAAACCUGCUGCUUGGAUUAUGCUGUAACCUUCUUGUGUGUGACAGAACCCCCAGAAGAAAGAAUGGAGCAGGCUCUUUUUAGCCCUCCACUUUCAAAACAACGGCUGGAAUAUGCUGUGCAACAUAUCAAGAAAUCUUGUGCUACCACUUUAGUUGACUUUGGCUGUGGAUCUGGAAGUUUAUUGGACUCUUUAUUGGAUUACCCAACUUCUUUGGAAAAAAUUGUUGGUAUUGACAUAUCACAAAAGAGUCUUAGCCGAGCAGCAAAGAUACUUCAUUCAAAACUAAGCAUGAAAUCAGAUACAGGCAUCAAAUCUGCUGUUAUUUAUGAUGGUUCAAUCACAGAUUUUGACUCACGAUUAUGUGGAUUUGAUAUAGGCACUUGCUUAGAGGUAAUUGAGCACAUGGAGGAGGACCAGGCCUGUAUGUUUGGUGAUGUUGCAUUAAAUUAUUUUCGUCCAAAGAUUCUUAUUGUUUCCACUCCAAACUAUGAAUAUAAUGUGAUUCUCCAAAGAUCAAGUCUCACAAACCCAGAAGAAGAUCCAGAUGAGAAAACUGAAUCACAGUCUUGCAGAUUUCGCAACCAUGACCACAAGUUUGAGUGGACUAGAGAGCAGUUCAAUAACUGGGCAACUGAAUUAGCCAAGAAGCACAAUUAUAGUGUUGACUUCAGUGGGGUCGGCGGCUCAGCCGAUGUAGAACCAGGGUUUGCUUCUCAGAUUGCUGUCUUUAUGAGGAAGAGCCUACUUCAAGAAGAUGGUAUUCUAAAGAAGGAAAAUUGGGCAGAAAAUUGCAAAGUUGUGUGGGAGUGGAAAAGUGUAGAUAGUUCAGAUUCUUCUCUUUGAGAAAUAUUAAUACUAACCAUAGCUAUACUUGAAUUUUAUGGCAAAAAGGUUUUGGAAUAGAGGAAGGAGCAGAAGAAAUGAAGGAGCAUAACUAUCCAUGUCCAUGUAGGGAGUGGAACUGAUUUUACAGAAAACAUGGAACUAAGAGAGCCUUUUGGGCAGUUUCACUGUUCAUACUUUUGAUUAUACUAAAUUUAUGUUUGUGAUUUCAAGUCUGCUCAGGUUUAAAAACCCAAAUGAAAUGUGUUUUGAUAUAUUUGUCAGUUGGAAGAAGAUGAGUGUUGCUACCGCUUCUAUAGUGAUUUA